GCCUCGGGGGUUUUGAAAGGCGAGAGAGUUUUGAACCCAGCAGACCCCUAUAACUGUGUCGUCGGUGGUGUAUAUAAGCCUGUUUUUCAACUUCGUGGCUUUAUAACUUUUCACAAGUAGCAGUUUCUCUUCACAUCAGCCAUGUCAGUGAUGGCUUCAGGAACAGCGCUGAUUUAUGAUGAGGAGAUGACCACUCACAAACUACUUUGGAGUGAUCCUGUUUGUGAUAUUGAAGUGCCAGAAAGGCUGUCCUCCUCCUAUAUGCAGCUUAAGCAUUACCAUUUGUUGGAAAGAUGUGUCCAUGUGCCUGCCAGAGAAGGAAGCGAGGAGGAGAUCCUGUUGGUUCACAGUUCAGAAUAUUUAGAAGUGGCAAAAAGCACCCAAACAAUGAAUGAAGAGGAACUGAAAAAAGUGUCUGGAAAUUAUGAUGCUUUCUUCUUUCAUCCGAACACUUACCGCUGUGCCAAGCUAGCGGUAGGAGCAACUUUGCAGCUGGUGGACGCUGUGAUGUCAGGAAAAGUGUGCAAUGGAAUGGCAUUAGUAAGACCUCCAGGUCACCACAGCCAGAGAAGUGCAGCUAAUGGGUUCUGUUUGUUCAACAAUGUUGCUAUUGCAGCAGAAUAUGCAAAACUGAAAUAUGGUCUGCACAGAAUCCUAAUUGUUGACUGGGAUGUGCAUCAUGGGCAAGGAACUCAGUAUAUAUUUGAAGAGGAUCCAAGUGUUUUGUAUUUUUCCUGGCAUCGUUAUGAACAUCAGGAAUUCUGGCCAUCGCUCAAAGAAUCUGAUUAUGAUGCUGUGGGUCGGGGAAAAGGAAAAGGUUUUAACAUAAAUUUGCCUUGGAAUAAGGUUGGGAUGGGAAAUGCAGAUUAUCUUGCUGCAUUCUUCCAUGUGUUGCUUCCAGUGGCUUUUGAGUUUGAUCCUGAACUGGUCAUUGUCUCUUCUGGAUAUGAUUCUGGAAUUGGUGACCCCGAAGGUCAGAUGAAUGCCACUCCUGAAGUUUUUGCCCACCUUACCCAUUUCCUGAUGCAGUUGGCUAACGGCAAGCUGUGUGUCAUCCUAGAGGGUGGAUACCAUUUAAAGUCAUUGUCUGAAUCCGUCUGCAUGACUGUAAGAACUUUGCUUGGAGAUCCUAUACCUCAAAUAACUGGAGAAAUGGCACCUUGCCUAAGUGCUGUUGAAUCUAUUCAAAAUGUGAGAGCAGCCCAUAAACCCUACUGGAAAUGGUUGAUGUAUGAAGAUGUAUCUUUUUUACAAAACGUGAGCACCAGAUCACACCUACUAACGAAAGCUGAUCCAAAUCCCUCCACAGAGCAUGAAUCUAAGAUAACUAACAAUAACGAAACUGUUGAAAUAGAAAGGUUUUUGGAACUGCACAUGAAAAACAUUCUAUUUCCAGUGCCUCCCAUCAAAACAGCAACAACAAUUGACUCUAAAGGGUCAGCACAUUUUCUCCCUGGACCUGUUCAUUUGGUGAAGGAAAUGGACAAAAGUGAAAUCAAAGCUCUUGUCAGUGGCUUUUACACAGACAUUGUGAAAGAGGACAAAACUCUGUUCUCUCUUGGCAGUGUGUUGGCUGUCCUAGAUAAAAUACUUAAGAAGGAGGUAUGCAGUGGAAUUGCAGUAUCCCCCACUGCUGUGUCUGUUGCUGUUGCACUAAGACAUUCUGUUCAGUUUGGAUUUCAAAGAGUGCUUUGUGUAUUUGUUGGAGACAUGCAAAUCAUACCAAAUACAGAAGAUGGAAAAAUACUCAUGGUACACAUUUGUGAGAAAGAACAGUUUGGAAAGCCCAGCUCCAAACACUAUAUUCCUCUAAGCUGGAAAGAGGAUGCCAAAGGAAAUGACUUAUUUUCUGCUGUACUUGGAGUAAUUCUUCCUGUAGCAUACAGUUAUCAACCAAACUUGACAGUAAUAGCUGUUGGACCAAACAGGAGCCUUGGAAUAAGUGGGAUUUCUCUGCUUUUUGCUUUGCUGCAAGGAUUAUCUGAGUCUCGCAUUUUUGCAGUUAUUGAGGAUACAGAGAUAAACUUAGUGCAAAGUGCAGCCAAAGCAUUAGUGGGUACUUCUACACCUCACUUUGGAGUUUUUGUACCUCCUACCCAGGAAAAAGUAAAACAAAUAAAAAUAUUAAGAGACCAAUUUCAGCAGGAAUGGAAAAUGCUUCAGUGUUCAGUGAAGGAUGGGAUUUCAAGAAAUUGACUUCAGAAUCAUUUUACACAGCAGAAGAAAAUGUGUUGCUGUUCAUGUUGCCUUUUAAAUCACCAGGAAAAGAGCUGGUCAAUCUCCAAACAGAGUGAGAGUCAUUCA